CACCGUUCCUUUGUACACGCAACAACGUGGCGCUGCGAUGGCGCCAAGUUUCAAUUUUCCAAUCAAAUUUCAUCCCUCUUUCUAUCUCUUCCCAUUGUCUCAAGCCCCGCUUCUCUCUCUCCUCCUUUGUCCAUCCCCUGUCUCCUCUUUCUCUCUCUUGAACGCCUGCAUUUGGGCUUUCUGGAAGCUCCGCCCUGAAUCUCAUAAAUCUUGCCGAGGACCUGAGGAUUCCAGGACUUCUGCAUCUCUCUCUCUUUUUCGCCUAUGGAUUGCUCGUAUGCUUUGGAGAGCUCUGGUUCAUUGCUCCAUCUAUUGAUUCAAGCAGCUCUGCUUGUCUCUCCAUGGCAAUAUUUUCUAGGGAUUUCAGUUGUGUUCUUGAUUUUCCUUUCCAAUUUCAUGGAAUUCCAUGUAUUUUCUGAUAUGAUGCGAGGCUUUAAAGGAGAUCGCGUCAAGCUAACCUUCAAUCUUGCUUCAGAGAUGGCCAAUGGUUUGCUAUGGAAGUGUCAUCAUCUUCACGGGAGGUAUACAGCGACACCAUGGCUAGCUAGUCCUCAUCUUCAGACUGCUUUUCUCCAUUUCUUUGGCCGCCCUCCGAUUUUUGAAUAUAAAAGGCAGAUGUUUAGCUUGGGAGAUGGCGGAACUGUAGCUUUGGACUGGCUGAUGUCAGAUGAUGUUUCAAGGAAUGGAUUCAACUUGAAUCAAGCAAUUUCUAAGGAUGACAUAGCCCCAAUUGUGGUGGUGAUUCCUGGACUGACGAGUGAUUCUUCUUCUGCUUAUAUCAAGCACCUUGUUUACACGUUUGCAAAACAAGGAUGGAAUGUAGUUGUGAGCAAUCAUCGAGGGCUUGGGGGUGUAUCUAUGACUUCUGACUGCUUCUAUAAUGCUGGAUGGACGGAGGACCUGCGGAAGGUUAUUAGUCAUGUUCAUCACGAGUUUCCGAAAGCUCCUUUAUUUGCUGUUGGGACAAGCAUUGGGGCUAAUAUACUGGUGAAGUAUUUGGGGGAGGAAGGAGAGGAUACUCCUAUUGUGGGGGCUGCAUCCAUAUGCUCUCCUUGGGACCUCGUGGUUUGUGACAGGUUUAUAAACCGUAGGCUUGUCCAAAAGUUCUAUGACAGGAUUCUCACUAUUGGCCUUGUGGGUUAUGCGCAACUACAUCAGCCCAUUCUUUCAAGGCUGGCUGACUGGGAAUGCAUUGCAAAGUCACGUUCUGUCCGGGAUUUCGAUAAUCAUGUUACAUGUCUUGUUGGGAAAUUUGAGACUGUAGAUACAUAUUAUCGGCGUUGUAGCAGUGUUAAUUAUAUCGGUAAUGUAUCCGUUCCAUUGCUAUGUAUUAGUGCUUUGGAUGAUCCAGUUUGCACAAUGGAAGCCAUUCCUUGGGAUGAGUGCAGGGCAAACAAGAACAUUGUUUUGGCUACUACAACACAUGGAGGGCAUCUUGCAUAUUUUGAAGGACUAACUGCAAAGAGUGUCUGGUGGGUAGGAGCUGUUGAAGAGUUUCUUUGUGCUCUACACUCUAGCCCAUUCAAGCAUAAGCAGAAAAAGAAUGUUGUGCCAUGCUCUGCACUCGAGUCUUUGGUUGAUAAGGGUCCAUAUGUAAACAUUUUGGAAGAUGGAAUGGUAGCUGCCGUGGCCAACAGUUCUACAAACAAUGAUUUCAUGGAGGCAGCCUCUGAAAAUAACCAGUUGGUUCAAGACCCAAUAGCCGAAAAGAAUAAUGGAGACUCAAACAACAAGGUAGGUGGAGAGACCCGAUCAAGUGCUGAAUUGGUUCAAGAAGUCUCUGAGUCUUCCAGUGAAAAACCCGAGCACCAUGCUAAUACAAUGGAUCGCAAUGAUGUGAUGGGCCCCAUUAAACGUAGUAUAAACCAGCUGUCUCGUAACAAUAGAAAAUCAAUGUGGGUGCUUGUGUAUAUAGCCAUUGUAACUACAUGGCCACUGGUUGGUUCAGCUCUUAUCAUACUAGCUAGAAAGAAGCUCAGAAAUGUGAUACCAGCUUCUUGGUUUGAGAGGUGAUAUUACACAGCGUGAUCUUGUUUACUAUUUUCAUGUAAAGACAGAAUAAAUCAUUGGCAUAGAUAUAAUGACAUUUCUAUGUGAGAUCAUUACAGAGGUGACAGCUCCAGAGCCACCUUAGUUUUUCCA